CUCUAGGUCCUCUAGGUUAAGUUUUAUCUGAGUAUUGUUAAGACUGAUUAUGACGUAUUGUAAAUGGUCGACCUUCAUUGGUUGAAUAGAAGUGUAUUCUGCAAAAGUUGAAGAGUACGAAGCGUAGCGUUGGUAAGCGAUGUCGCCUGAGAAGGAGCGUGUUGAGGAAUGUGAAGCUGUUACAAAUUUUCGUGAAUAUUUACGUAUUCCCUCCGUUCAGCCAGACGUGAAUUACGAUGAUUGUGUUGCAUUCCUGAAGAAGCAAGCAGUCAGUAUAGGCUUACCACUACAAAUUUAUUUUGUUGUUUCUGGGAAACCUAUUGUGGUGUUGACAUGGGAAGGUUCAGAGCCAGCCCUUCCAGCAGUACUACUGAACUCUCACAUGGAUGUAGUUCCAGUAUUUCCUGAGAAAUGGACACAUGAUCCUUUCAGUGCUGAUAAGGAUAAAAAUGGGAACAUAUUUGCCCGUGGUGCGCAGGAUAUGAAAUGUGUGGGAAUUCAGUAUUUAGAGGCUGUGCGUCGACUGAAAUCUAAAGGAGUCCAACUCAAGAGAACAAUUCAUAUUUCUUUUGUGCCAGAUGAGGAAAUUGGUGGAAAGGAUGGUAUGGCUAAAUUUGUUAACACCUCUGACUUCCUUGAGUUGAACGUUGGCUUUGCUCUUGAUGAAGGCAUGGCAGAUCCGUCUGAACAGUUUCUGCUUUUUUAUGGAGAACGGAGUAUCUGGCAUUUGUUUGUUCACUGCCCGGGUUCUCCAGGUCAUGGGUCUUUGCUACUACCUGAUACAGCUGGAGAGAAAGUUCGUAUCAUUAUAGAUCAUUUGAUGGAUUUCCGAGAGCAGGAGAGGAAGAAAUUGGUAUCGAAUCCAAGCCUGACCAUUGGAGAUGUCACCACUGUAAACCUGACGCAACUUAAGGGUGGUGUUCAGUCAAACGUUGUUCCACCAGAAUUGGUGGUCGUGUUUGAUAUACGACUUGCUGUAACAGUGGAUCAUGCAGAGUUUGAAACUAUGGUAAACAGCUGGUGUUCUAAAGCUGGGCCUGGCACAUAUGUUGAGUUUGAACAGAAGGAACCAAAAGUUCAGGUGACCAAACUAGACAGUUCCAACCCAUGGUGGCUUGCUUUCAAGAGAGCUUGUGAUGAUAUGAACCUGGAAUUGAAACCUGCAAUAUUUCCAGGUGGCACAGAUAGCCGUUAUGUAAGAAGGGUUGGUUUACCAGCUUUCGGCUUCUCUCCAAUGAUUAAGACUCCAGUACUGCUUCAUGAUCAUGAUGAAUAUCUCAAUGAAGAUGUGUUCCUGAAAGGCAUUGACAUUUAUUGCCAGAUCAUCUCAGCUCUUGGCAAUGUUGCCCCUCCCAAGAAAUGAGCAUAUGUAUCCUUGCAGCUCACUGAUGUGCAGUACACCAGAUGCAUCACUGCCAGAUGUAAGUUCACUGGACAUUGUUUGGCAAUUCAUGUGUAUGUACUUGUUAUCACAUAAAAUUUUACAACUGUUAUAUUCAUAUUAGUUUUAGCUGACAUUGUUAUUUUAUUGGCUCAUUAAAUAAACCUGUAUGUAUUGUUCUGUUAA